AAGAUGGUUGUUGAUUUAUGGUUGUUGUACCACUUUUAAUUGUUUCACCAUGACACCAACGUUAAAGAAUUUGCAACUUUGACGACUGAAAUCGAGUGUCAUUCUGUGUUUGCCAUACGUGAAGUAGUGUUUUAGGCGUCUAAUAGCUUCUGAUUUGAAUAGAAAAUGAAUAGGUUUGUCCGCGUCCUUUUCCAGUAAAAACUUGCAUGAGAGUAGCACAGCUUUUAUUCUUUGCUAUUUAUUUUUAUGAAACAGCUGUUCGAUGCUGCAAAUUUCUGCUGGGAAAAAAACAUCCAGUAGAAAUUUGCAAGCUCUCAAUUACCAAAUGCUCAAAAUGUAGCUUGCUCUCAGUCACUCUCCCGCCCCCUUCUGCUGGCAAAUAAAGUACGCGAAAGACCUCUAGUAACAAUUUUAGCAAAUUUGCACAAAUUUUUGAGUAAACGAACACACUUAAUAACAUAGCCCAACAAACCCCGUCAUGGAUACGUCUUUAGUUAACAAUUUAAUAAAAAGUAGUCUCCUACCAGAGCUAAAACAAGAUUUAGAUAGUAUACCUAUUGAAAAGGAACACUUCAAAUCCUAUCAUGAUUGUUUACAAGUGCAGCUAGCGAUUUUAUAUGAUUGGGUGCAACAGGAGCAACCAAGGCUAUGGACUAUUACCGAUGAAACAAAUGAAUCCGUUAACCUAAAGGAGAUUCAAGCCAAUCUCAUUAUACUCUUAUGUGAGGUAACCGGUCCGGACUAUCUGCAUACGCUAGACAACAGCGAUUUAAUUGAUAAUGCUGAACGUAUUUUGGCCAAGUUUGGAAAAAUUGAGUUGGAGGUACAGGAAUUAAUACUUAAAUAUUAUCAGGAAAAAUUGCACAAAGAUUCGUGGAAGAAACAACUGGGGGCAAUACACGGAUUCAUAAAAUAUUUAAAGUUUCUUUUUCCAGAUAUACCAGGCCAUGACAAUCAUAUGAAUUACAACUAUCUUAUGUUUUGCCUAUCGGUGGGACUUAAUAUAAGAACUUGCUAUGAAACGCACUACAAACUUCUAAGCACAAAUGUGUUUCUUACCAUGCUGAACGUAGGGCAAACGAAUGAUAUUUUAUCCAUGAACAUACAUGGCGUCAUUUACGAUGCUGUCUUCAAGGAUCUGCACGUAAUGGACACAAUAUCCUUUAUUCAACUGCAAUGGAAAUGUGUAUUAAAAUGUUUCGAUUUUUAUACGGAAAUGGACAGUUUUACAUGGAGCAAACUGGAUGAUUCAAUGGAAAUAUUGUUGCGCAAUAUUACCCUAGCCCCAAACAGUCUAACUUCCAUAAGUCUGAUGAAAUUUGUAAGCAAAUUUGUGAUAUAUUUCAAUAUAAAUCAACAAGAACUCGAAGAAGUACUUGGAGGGGACUUAUGUCAAAUUGAUGGUAUAAAUAGAUGUCGAGAAAUGACAAACAGUAAUACCAGUUACACCUGCUUCAGGUGGGCAAAAGCUAUAUUGGAAAUGUUUGUACUGGAAUCGUAUCGUUUGAUGCAAGCGAAUGAUAUAUGCAGAGAAAUGCUAUUGGAAAUACAUCGCUGUUAUAUAGUGGCAAUCAUGCCGAUACCUCUGUCCGUUAUAGAACCGCAUCUCAUAACAUUUUAUGAUAAAUUUACUGCAGUCUUAAUGGAAGUUAUUAAAGUCCAAAAAUAUAAAGAUGACAUUGUUAAAAUUAUAACCUCAAUGUUGGAAACGUUCUAUCAUCAUUUAACAAAUUGUGAUAAUUUGCCAAAUUUGUUAAAUUAUAAAGAGGCCUACCAUAAAUUAUUACAUGUUGAUGUAUUUAAAAAAUUUGUCACAGUAUAAAAUAUAAAUUUGCUAUAUGUAU